AUGCCAUCGUUAACAUCAUUUAAUAAAAUAUUUGAUAAUAAUUUUUCGGGUAAUAUUAUACUUUGGUAUAAAGAUGAUACACAAGUUAUCGGUGUUAAUUCUAUAUCAAAUGAUCCACAAAAAUAUCUUAUUUAUCAAGAAAAUUUUUAUACAUAUCAAUUAAUAAUCAUUAAUGUCCAAUUAGAAUCCUCCGGAUUAUAUAAAUGUCAAAAUUUUACAGCAAAAGAAGAAAAUCUUUUUCAACUUAAUGUUAUGGUUCCACCAUCUCGUCUUCGUAUAAAUCCAUCACCACAAUUUCCUGUACCUGAUGGUGCAUCAGUUCAAAUCAAUUGUACAAGUGAACGUGCUUAUCCCGUACCAACAUUUGAAUGGUAUAAAAAUGAUCAAUUAAUUCAACGUUCAAUCGGUAUUAGUAAUAACAAUCAAACAAGUUCAGCAAGCUUUUCAAGUUCAUCCAUUUUAACACUUUUACUUACACCUGCUGAUCAUGAUCAAAUACUUCGUUGUCAAGUAACAAAUGAAGCGAGUAUUCAUGAUACAAAUGUUGAACUUAAACUUGAUGUUUUAUUUAAACCCAUUAUCAAUAUAUCAUGGAAUCAAAAAGAAUUGCCAACAAUUCUAACAGUAAUUGAAAAUACAUUUGAAACAAUUCAUUGUGUAAUAUCAGCCAAUCCAUCUGCAAUCGCAAAUAUUGAAUGGUUAAAAAAUGAUCAAUUAAUCAAAGGAGAAAAUCAAGAGCAAUUACGAAUAAAUUUCACAAGAUUAGCAGAUAUACAAAAUUUAACAUGUAGAUCAAGAAAUACAAUUGGACAAUCGGAAGCAACGGUCAAUGUUGAUAUUCUUUAUAAACCGAAAUUAUCAAUGAUUGAUCAAUUAACAUUAAAUCAAGGUGAAAAACUAAUUUUGAAAUGUUCGAUUGAUUCAAAUCCAUCUUGUCAUCAAAUUCGGUGGUUUCAUAAUGAGAAAGAAAUUCUUACACAACCAUGUACAUUAACAAAUAAAACACAAACAAUAUCGGAAUAUAUCAUACCGAAUGUCUAUCGAAUACAUUCAGGAAAAUAUACAUGUGAAGUUAAAAAUUGGCUGAAUACAGGUUCGGAAAAUCGAUAUGAAGCCACAACAGAAGUAUCGACGGAUGUUCGAAUACAAUAUGCUCCAUUUAUUUUAAAUUCAAUAAAAAAAUUAGCUGUGGUAGAAAAUCGUGAUAUUACAACAGAAUGUAUUGUUGAUGCUUAUCCUAAAUCUGAUAUAACAUGGUUUGGACCAUCUGGUCAACGUUUAAGUUCGUUUGCUAAAGAAAUAACAGCGAAUGCAACUGUUAUUUCAUCACAAUUACAUUUACCACCUGCUUAUUCAACAGUACUUGGUUUAUAUCGAUGUGUAGCUAAGAAUCAGUAUGGUCAACAUGAUUUUUCAAUAAAUUUUCAACGACCUGGUUAUCCUGAUCCACCAAAUCAAUUACAAGCAAUAAAUGUAACUCAUGCUUCAUUUAUUCUUACUUGGCAAUCGGGUUAUAAUGGUGGUUCGAAUUUAACAUAUCAUAUUAGUCUGACUGGUAAUCGUUCGGAAGAAAGACAAACAAAUUUAAAUUCAAUACGAUUCAUUGAUCUCAAUGAAAAAUCUCGUUAUUUUGUAAAAAUUCGUGCACAAAAUAAUCUUGGUUUUAGUGAUUAUUCAACAAAUUUAGUUGUUUUAACAACAGAAUGUUCACUUCGUUCAGAUGAAUUUCCUAGUAUACAGCGAGCUUAUUAUACUGUUGAUGGUCAUCGAAUACGUUUUCAUUUGAGUGAAAUUCGUUCUCCAUUGAUAACUAAAGAACAAUUAUGUAUUCAACAUUAUCAUAUAUCUUCAUCAAGUAUAGAAACAGAAAAUGAAAUACCAACAUGUAUACCAUUAAAUUCACUUCAACCAAUUAAUAAUGAACUUGAAAUCGUCAGUGAUCAAACAAAUAUACGUUUAAAAUUAUGUUUAAUAAAUCAAACAGAUGUUUGUUCAAAAUCCGUAACAAUUCCAUUCGGUGUAUCUGUAUCAAAGGAUUCAUCAGAAUUAAUUUUAGUAUUAGUUGGAGCUAUAUUAGGUUUAUGUUUUGUUGCGGCUUUAAUUGGUUUAUGUAUUUGUAUUCAACAACGAAGACGAAAAAGCAAAUCCAAACAUGGUUCAACUGAUACAUUAAAAACGAAUACAAAUGGAAAUCAUCUUGAAAAUUAUCAUGCGACACCUGUUCGAGUUGUUGAUACAAAUUCAUGUCUUUAUUAUCCAGCUCAAUCGAGUGAAGUUCGAACACAUGGAACAUUAUUUUAUAAUCAAGAAAUUCCAAAUAGUAUAUAUUCAAUUCAAGAAAAGAAAAAUUCAAUGUGUUUUGAUUCCGGUAUGCCAUCAACAACUUCAGAUAAUUCGGAUUCAGCUUGUUCACAAGUAUUUUCAUCUUCGGAUAUUGAUGGACAAAUAAUAAAUGGAUUUUAUGAUCAUCGUUCCGAUGGAGAACAUCUUGUUAAUGGAAGAUUAUCAUCAAAGAAAAUUCUUUUACCUGAUAUUCAACAGUUAUUUUUAGCAAAAUUUAAUGGUUCAACUGAUAUACCACCUUAUACAACUGGAAGUGGAGGUGAACGUCGUUCAACUUUACGUAUAUCAUCCGAAGAAGAAAGCGGGUUUUCAACUCCAACUAAAUCUCAUCAUGGAAAAAAACUUGUUUAUGAAGUUGUUGUGUGA